GCUAAAUGCUAAUCCAUCAUCAUUUUAUGCGCUAAUCCACUCCAGAUCACGCCGCUAAUCCUUAUCCAAACGAAUUAACAACAAAUCAGUCGCGCGUUUGAAACGAGUCCACUCCACCUCCAUCCAGAUCAGUGUAUAUAAACCGCCGCGCCGUUUGUUCGUGCUGAUUCUCUCUCUCUCUCUAAUCAGUAGUACCCCAGAUCAGUUUGUUGCUUUGCUGCUUCUUCCGGUUCCAAUCUGAGAGGGGGGAUUCGCGCGGGAGGCGAGGCGAGGCGGCAGCCAUGGUGGGGCGGAGCUCCCUCCCGGAGGGUUCCCUCUUCCUCGGAUUCGACAGCUCCACUCAGUCCCUAAAAGCUACCGUGCUGAACAACGAAUUGAUAAUAGUAGCUUCAGAUAUUGUUAACUUUGAUUCUGACUUACCGCACUACAAAACAGAAGGUGGUGUUUACAGAGAUCCUGCAGAUGAUGGCCACAUAUUUUCACCAACAAUAAUGUGGGUUGAAGCCUUUGAAUUGCUACUUGAGAAGCUAAAGCCAAAGAUCAACUUUAGCAAGGUUGUGGCCAUUUCAGGGAGUGGGCAACAACACGGCAGUGUUUAUUGGAAGAAGGGUAGUCAUGCGGUGUUGUCUUCCUUGGAUCCUACUAAGAGCUUGUUAUCCCAGCUGAAGGAUGCCUUUUCUACCAUGGACUCACCAAUAUGGAUGGACAGUAGCACAACUAAGCAAUGCAGAGAAAUAGAAAGUGUAGUAGGCGGCGCAUUGGAGCUAUCAAAGUUGACAGGAUCUCGUGCCUAUGAGAGGUUCACUGGGCCUCAGAUCCGGAAGAUAUACCGAACAGUUCCGCAAGUUUAUGAUGAUACUGAGAGAAUAUCUUUGGUGAGUUCGUUCAUGGCAUCAAUCCUGGUGGGGAACUAUGCAAGUAUUGAUGAGACUGAUGGUGCUGGGAUGAACUUGAUGGAUAUAAACCAGAGAACCUGGUCAAAGACUGUUUUAGAGGCAACGGCUCCUGGGCUUGAAGAGAAGCUUGGAAAGUUGGCACCAGCAUAUGCAGUAGCUGGUCGAAUUGCUCCUUAUUUUGUAGAAAGGCUUCAGUUUGAUAAGAAUUGCUUAGUUAUUCAAUGGUCUGGAGACAAUCCCAAUAGCCUUGCAGGUUUAACUCUGAAUACUCCUGGUGACCUUGCAAUUAGCCUUGGUACUAGUGAUACUGUUUUUGGGAUAACUGCUGAAGCUAAACCAAGUCUUGAAGGCCAUGUUUUCCCUAACCCUGUUGAACCUGAUGGUUAUAUGGUGAUGCUGUGCUACAAAAAUGGUUCAUUGACCCGAGAAGAUGUGCGGAACAGUUGCGCGGAGAAAUCCUGGGAUGUUUUCAACAGUUAUCUAGAGAAAACUCCACCUCUAAAUGGCGGAAAAUUAGGAUUCUACUACAAAGACCAUGAAAUUCUGCCGCCACUUCCAGUUGGCUUCCAUCGAUACAUUGUUGAAAACCUCAAUGAUGUCACAUCCAACAAUCUGGUGGAACGUGAGGUGGAAGAAUUUGAUCCACCAUCUGAGGUUCGCGCCAUAAUCGAAGGCCAGCUGCUGUCAAUGCGAGGCCAUGCCGAGAGAUUCGGCAUGCCUAACCCUCCCAAGCGGAUCAUCGCAACCGGUGGCGCAUCCUCCAACGAGCGCAUCCUCCACUCAAUCGCGCAGAUCUUUGGCUGUCCUGUCUUUACAGUUCAGAGACCUGAUUCUGCCUCGCUUGGCGCGGCACUGAGAGCUGCCCAUGGCUGGCUGUGCAAUGAGGAAGGGAGCUUCGUCCCCAUCUCCUGCAUGUACCAGGGUAACCUGGAGAAGACCUCCUUGGGUGCAAAGCUCGCCGUCUCAACCGGAGAGGGUGUGGAGGACAAGGAGCUCCUGGAGAAGUACACGGUGCUCAUGAGGAAGAGGAUGGAGAUUGAGAGGCGGCUGGUGGAGAAGAUUGGGCGCGCGUAGGUAGCAGCAUUGCAAAGCUGCUGUCCUCGAGUCACAGUUAAUUAGAGGGAAAUGAAAUCAUUGGUAGAAACUUAUUUAUAAUAUAUAGUUAGUAGUGUAUCAAGAUCAUGUUAUUAUGUUCUUGUGCACGGAAUAAAUAAUAAAUGUAAAUUUGCAAACUAAACAAGCUCGUCUGUUCUUUCUGUUCAUCAAUUAGAUGAAACUUUAAAUCUUCUUUAAAUUCUCAUAGAUGAAACUUGUUUGGGUGGC